AUGAAUGGCAUGGACGACAACGAAGACGAGACAGGUCUCUUCGACGAUGACGAUUUCGAUAACUUGUCUGAAUCUGCUCUCCAGGAGCUAGAGCAAAAUGCCAUCCUUUCAACGCAACGAGCGCAGCAGCAGGCUCGUGCCAUUACAAACCACUUUCAACCUGCUCCGCAAAGCCCCGUCACUUUGCCACCAAAUCGGCUGCUGGCUCAGGCGCCAUUCAAUGGUAGACAUCAUCUAUUGAACCCUGUCAUUCGAAAACCGGUUAAUGAAUUCCAACCGGGAGACGACAGUUUCGAAUUGGUUGGAGAUGAGGGUGUUCCUACUCCGGUUGAAGAAAUUGAAGCGUUCCCUCUCCGUCGAAUGCAACUCAGUGAGGCUCAAGGAGAACAAUUUCGCCCACAACGAUAUGGCCAAGCCUACAAUGGUGUCGGGCUCAAACAAAAUUCUCAAAGUCAUAGGCGGCCUUUUCCGGCCAGCCUGGGAGAUGGCUGGUUUCCGGGCGUGCCGUCGAGAUCCGAUGAGAUGCUGCGGGACGGCCUGUCACUGGAGAACAUGAACGCCCUACAAGGAGAUGAUCGUGAAGCAUUUCGUGAUCAUCGCAUCGAGAAUUUGAUAAGAGAAAGAGAUGAACUUACACGGGAGCUUCGAGAGACCAAGGAUACGGUCAUGAUGCAAAAGGGGGAAAUCUCAAUCAUACGAGCCAACUUUGAGAAGGAAACCAAAGUCUUCAAUCGACAGGUUGGUGUUUUGAAAAAGUCAAUGGAAGAAGAGGCGGCGAGACAUACGGCUGCUCUUAACGCAAUGAAGGAGAAAAAUAAUAACCUAGUCACCCGUUACCACUUUCUUCAGCAGGAACACAACCAAGAGCUUCAGGAAACCAAGAGUCUCCGACAACGCUUGAAGGACAGACCGCAAGCAGACAAGGAUGCCAGUCCCGUGGGUACUCCGAAGCGUGGUAUGGCCCGUUCUCUUCGAGAUGGAUUUGACGAUGACGAUAUCAUGGUUAUGUCUCCAUCGAAAUCAGCUCGGCGUCCGAAACCAACUCCUCCAACCGCAGUAAAUAAGAGAAAACGAAAGGCCGACGUUCCGAGUCCGGUGAAACCGCUGGUGCUCAGAUCUUCGAACACACAUCCUCCUGAUCGGCCACCGUCGCCGCCACCACCAGCACAGACAGAUGGACCGAUGGUUCCCGUUAUACGGAAGGACAAGCAGGCUGAACGCAGCCUUUCCUUCCUCCAAUCUAUUCUAGAAUAUCAGGUCAAGCAGACCAAAGAGCCGCUUGUCGAAGCCUUGGUUGGGUUUUCGUUUCCCACUAACCCGUCUAAGAAAUUCUCCGCUAUCCUGCUUGACGGGGUGGCGCACCUCAAAGGCGAUCGCCUUGCUGGUGAUCUACUGCAAAUAUUUAUCAGCUUAUGGUCCAGGUCCAUGAAAGAGCAAUACUACAAGCCGAUCGCACUGCUAAUUGAAAUCGUCAGCCAUAUCAUUGAACUUGAAAUGUUGGUAUUAGAUUCUGGAACUAUCUCCAGCCUUACACCUGUUCUCCAGACAUGCGUGGCAAUCAAUGCUGAGAAACGCUUCGAGCACUCUCCUGUAAACCAUUCAACGUUUGGCAAAUUCCGUCAAACCCCUCAAUCUGUAUUGAAGAAAGAAGUCAAUGGUACAGCCUGCAUGGAACUUAUGCUAACAGUAGCAUACAUCGUCUCAGAUGACCCUGACCUCCUGACCCUCUUCUGGCGCCUCAUGGACCCGGAAUUCGUUCUAAUGAUGCUCAAUGCCUGGCAACCUAUCUCGGACAUCACGCUCAUGCUCCAACUGCUCGCCACGAGCAUUUUCUCAUCCACGUUUGGCUGCGUUUGUGUCGACGCACAACAAAACACAAUAGAAAACUACAUUAUUAACCGUCUCUGUCAUCUGCUGUGGGAAACGCCGAAAGUCGACGAGGGCCUCUGUCCCAACACAACCAAAGAGCUCUGCCAAUUGCGAGUAGAAGUCAUGGACCUACUCCUCAAAGUAGCCAUCACUUCCACCCCACACCCGCACGACGGUCCCACUCAUCACGGCAGCAAGCUCAUAGCUCAUCACACAGGUGCCAUCGCCCGCGUCGUCCGCAGUCUCCAUGACGAAGUCUCCGCCAUGUACAACCUUCUAUCCUCGCACGCUCUGCAUGCCGAGCUCGUGAACAAAGGCAUCCGCCUGCUCUACCAUGUCCUAAAGCUCCACGGCUCCGAGAUCAAUCUCCAGGAGAAACUCUCCGUCAUCAACGGUGGUGUACACAAGCAUCGCGUCGUCCUCACGAGGCUCGCGUUCUCCGAGGGCUUCUACAUCGAUCGCCUGAUCACAGACGACACCGUCGCCAUGGCCACCAGUAUGCUCGAGGAGAGCGUCACACCCGAUGAAGCGGAUGAAUUGAUCGAAGCAUUUCCGGGGUUCAAAGGCCGAGGUGCCAGUGCCGCUGCCCCUACAGCGGUUAGCUUCGACGGGGGAUUAAGGUGA